AUGGCUAAAGUAUUGACACCAUAUAUUCAGGCAUUACUGGAGAAUCCUCCAACAUUGACCCAGACUCAGUUCACUAAAGCUUUGAGAUUGAUUUUUGAUGGGGAAGCGAAUGAUAUUGAAAUUUCGUCUUUUCUUACGGCAAUAAGACUUAGAAAAAUCGAUUUUGACUCCGAGUUCAUAGCGAAUGCAGUACAGACCAUCCUUGAAUACUCAGAUAAAAUAGAUCUUAGUAAAAUUGAUCCAGACGGUUACUUUGACAUUGUGGGAACAGGAGGAGAUUCUCAAAACACGUUCAAUGUUUCGACUUCUGCUGCUAUUAUUGGUGCCGGAAUGGGGUUGAACGUUUGCAAGCAUGGAGGAAAAGCAUCAACAUCCAAAUCAGGUGCAGGUGAUUUAAUGUCGAAGCUUGGUGUGAACCUGAUGAAAGUGAACGCUGAUUCAGUUCCAACAGUGGUCAAUGAAUCGAAUAUGUGUUUCCUUUUUGCUCCUGCCUUUCAUAGGGGAAUGGGCAAGGUUGUUAACGUGAGGAAGAAUUUGGGAAUUCCAACCAUUUUUAAUAUUCUUGGACCAUUGCUAAACCCCAUUCCAUUAAAGGGGAGAAUCCUAGGCGUUUACACCAGGGAACUUGGCGAAACAUACUGUAUGGCUGCAAUUAAAUCUGAUAAGAAGAAGGGAAGGAGACCUGCAAGAACUUUUGUUGUUUGGGGUGAGGUUGGCUUAGACGAAUUUUCGCCAACGGGAAAAAGUGUCGUUUGGAAUUACAACGAGAAAAAUGAUGAGAUUGAGGAGUUUACAGUUUCACCAAAAGACUUUGGACUUCCAGACCACUCUUUAAAUCUUGUGAGAUCUGGAACGCCUGAGGAGAAUGCAGUCAAACUAAGAGAGAUUUUGUCUUUAAAAAGCAUCAAACCAGGUGAUGAUGCUUUGGUGGAUUAUAUAUUGAUGAAUUCCUCAGCUCUGGCUGUGAUGGGUGGUCUAACUGAUAAUUGGAAGGAAGGUGUGAAUAUUGCAAUUCAGAGUAUUACCAGCGGAUCUGCCUUGAGAGCUUUAGACAAAUUCGUAGAAAGCGUUGAUCGCCUAUAA